AAAUUCUCACCUAACGACAACAAAUCUGUUGCAGAAACCAAACAUGGCUAAUUCUACCCUACUUUUCCUUGUCUUUUUGGUAGCCUUUUUUUCCUCUACUCAUGGUCGAUUUGCCGCCAAACUUAUUUACUCCCCGAGGCCAAGGCACCCACCCUUACAAGACUACCGCGGUGGUAUUGUGGCUGAGGCUGGCGGUGCCGCCCAGUUCAUGGUGAAUAUUUCACUUGGAGAGCCACCGGUUCACCAACUCCUCACUAUGGACACCGGUAGCAAUCUCAUGUGGGUCCAGUGUCUCCCUUGCAUCAAUUGCUUUGAACAAUUCCCACCCUUUUUUGACCCUUUCAAAUCAUCCACGUACAAAAACUUAUCAUGCACCUCACCCAACUGCUUAAUUUCCCCGGCGGGCAAGUGCGAUCCUAUUAACAACUGCAAGUUCUACGAGCAAUACCUCGACGGUGUCACCACUGCAGGGGCUAUUGCUACUGAAACAGUUAGUCUUACAACCUCCGAUGAAGGUACAGCCUCUAUCUCGAAUGUGGUGUUUGGAUGCGGAAAUGACAAUCAUGGAUACAAUGGGCAGCCUAGUGGGAUUCUUGGUCUAGGACCGCUAUCUUCUUUGGUUAGUAAAUUAGGGUCCAAAUUUUCAUAUUGCAUUGGGAGUAUAAAGGACCCUCAAUAUGCCUAUAAUCAAUUGAUUUUAGGUGAUGAUGCAGUUUUACAAGGGGACAACACGCCACUAGAAAUCUAUAACUCUUUUUACUAUCUUACCAUGGAAGGUAUACGUGUUGGAGAAAAACGGCUAAGUAUCGAUCCCGGAGUCUUUAAAAGGACAGAUACGGGGGAGGGUGGAGUGGUUAUUGACUCCGGAUCCACCAUCACGUCGCUCACUCGGGCUGCUUAUGAACCAGUUAGCGCGGAGGUGAUUAGAAUGCUCCAAGGAAAGCUGGAACGCGUGAAGGAUCCUGAUGUUCCAACUCUCUUGUGCUACAAGGGGAUGAUUAGCCGAGACCUGACGGGCCUUCCGGUAGUUACUUUUGAGUUUGCUGGCGGGGCGGAGCUAUCGUUAGACGUAGAGAGCUUGUUUCAAGACAAUGGACCAGAGGAGUUUUGUAUGGCCGUGAAUGAGUCUGUGGACGGUAAGAAUUUGAAUGUGAUAGGAGUAAUGGCACAACAAAAUUACAAUGUGGGAGAUCAGCCUCAAGUCCAUGUGAGUGACUGCACAACUAAGCUGGGGCGCAUUCCCCCGUUGUGGCUCGAUGGUGGCCACUGUUGUCCAAAAAGGCAACCGGUGAAUUGCACUCUUGAUAUAGGAAAAGUUUGGUUCAUGCCUUGCUUAUCAACUCCUAUUAGCACAUUGUACAAAAUAAGUGGUUGCCAAUUUAACGCAGCCAAAACAUGUGUAAAGCACCAAGAUAUCUCAUCUCUUUGAGAUGUAUUUUCUAAAGCAGCACUCUUCUUUUUCUUUGAUCUCUUCAAUAUUCCGCAAACCUUAUGAACAUCUAAGGGACUGAGUUCUGUACAGCACUCCCAUCCCCUUUUAUU